AUGAUUAUCAAGAGACAAAUGUCCCCUGGUGGCAGAUCCGCGGAUCUUGCUUUGGUCUUUGUGAUUGUCCUGGCAAGCGUUGGCCUUCUCCUUCUAGGAUAUUUCUUACUGCGAAUUCUUCGCGCCCAACACCCCGAACCGCCCAAGUUUGUCCCGUCCUUUCUCAAGAAAAGGUGGAAGAACUGGGUUCCAAAAAAACUCUACGGUCGGGUUCCUGAUGGCAGCACUACAGCGGAUGGCUCAGCAGUGCCGGAUCGCGGACAGAAUACAGCAUAUACUGGUGCAGGAGGAACAGAGACAGCCGCUGCGCAGGUGUCCAUUGACCGAAACACCUCGAUCCGUUCGAUAAUGACUCUUCCAGCCUAUUCGCCUCAUCCAAAACCAUCUGAACUGGUGAUUGGGAGGGAAGGAGAGCGUGCUGGUAUGGACGUCGUCGUGGAAUUCCCCGAAACCAAUGAUGAAGAGGAAAAUAGAAGGGAGCAGGAGAUGGAAUCACUAUACCAGAUACGAAUGACUCGAAGGCGGGAAAUAUCUGAGCGAGAAGAGAGGCGGCGAUUGCGACGGGAGGCUCGAGAGCGAGGAGAUUGGGCGUAUUUAGAACAAUUGCGCUCAGAAAGGCAGGCUACGCUUGCUAAUGGCGAACAGUCCAUCACUGCGGCCUCUCUUCUGGCGGAGCAUCAGGCUCGUGGACGGGAGAGGCGAAUAUCAAGCGUUUCGUACGCGGAAAUUGGCCAUGUCCGCCACGAUGGCUCUCGACUGCGUGCCAGCUCUCAGGGAUCAGACUCCCGACCUUUGCUCGACACAGCUGCACCCAUAGGGCAGGGCGAGAGCGAGCCGCCAUUAAUACACCAUCGCACUUUGUCUGGCACCUCUAUGUUGUCUCAGUCUACCCUCUCCGAUUUAUCCCAUGCCGCGACCCCAGAGAGUGAUAUCGCAGAUUCAGCCAUCCCACAGCCUCCACCAUAUGAGCAUCUGGAUCUUGGCGACGCUCCUCCUUACCACAGCCCUCCGCACCGUUCCAGAGAUCUAGUACGAGUGAGCAACGUACCAAGCAUCGCCGUCGAAAAUGCCACGCCACCCCCCAGUGUUCCCACCAGUCCCGUCGAUACUCGCAGAACAGCUGGAGAUAGUUCUAUUCCAAGACGAUCAUGA